ACAUGUGAGUGAGUGAGUGAGAGUGUGUCUGUGUGUCUGUGUGUGAGUGAGCGACUUCUGGCCCAAGAGCGCGGAGACAGCCCUUGUCCAGUGGGGAGGGAGUUGGUGCUCAAGCCAUAUCUCAAGACGAUUCGAAAGCCUAAUUGGGUUCUUCGUCACCAUUGAGUCAAGAGGGCGAGGCAGAGGCCUCGUGGUAUUCAACGUGUUUCUUCGAGCGCUCGUUGGGAUCUUUGGAACUCGUUCGCCAUGGUCGAUGGAUGGAUGGAUCGUAUAGGUAUUGGUGUUCCAUUUAAAAGCAAUGAGGCCGUAUAUUGUGGCAAUCAGUUAGGAAACUUUCCCAGUCGAAGUCACAAUCCCCAGAAUGGCACUUUCACCAUGGUUUCAAAGCCCUUUGGCACACUUGAGCCUGGUGGAGAUGCAGGAGAGGGUCUUCUUCUAUGCCAGUGUUCCAUCCUAUAUCUUUGGAACAAUCAGCGUGCUCGCAUUGAUAUUCGUGAUCGGACAGCGACCCUCGCUUUGGAAGCCUCGUCACAUCUUUCAGGCUCUGAGUCUCUUCAACUCGUUGAUUGGGAUUUUCUUUGGAAUCUACGGGUUCGUGUUCCUAAUGGAACGUCUCGGUUAUUUGGAGCCCAUGCAUACUGGCUUCUUCUACUUCUUCAUCUUUCACCGAUAUCUCCUCUUGAGUGGGGACAUGAUACCCUCUGUCGAUCGCUGUCUGGCCGUGGUCUGGCCUCUCAAGUAUUACACUCAUGCCACAACAUCGCUGGCUCUUGUCAUUUGCAUCUUGUCGAUCUUGGCGGCGUGUGGCUUGACGAUUUUGGCCUGGAGUCUGGGGGUGAUCCCAUCCUAUCUGGGCCAGAUGACCUACCCCCAGUUCUAUCUGUUGGUGAACUCGCAAUUCGUGCUGAUGCUCUCGCUCCCCUAUCUGAGUCUGGCUCUGGUGGUUUUGAUUUGUGACACUCGAGCCCUCGUGAUCGCCAUUGGGCGAAGACGCAGAAUGUCCAAGGAGAUUGGAACCACAUCAUCCUUUCUGACCACCACCACUUCCAGUCACCAUCACAAAAGAGAAGGACCUGCCAGUGGGUGUGGUGGUGGUGGUGGAGGAAGACCCGAGGAACAGAAGAUUUUUUUGGAUCGACAGCCUACCUUCGAGUUCUCCAAUGACCAGUCUUCGGAGCUAGAACACGAUCACGCCAAGCGACUUGACAGGAACAUGAUCGAAAUCAAGAUUACUAUUCGAUGUUUGGCCACCACGAUGUGGUUCUUCAUCUCACAGAUGUGCACUUUUCUUCCUGGUAUCAUUCUUUUUGGAUGCGAUGACAAAAAGGACACAACAGAUGAGGAGCUUGAAGAAUUUGAAAUGGUGGAAGAGCAAUGCCAAUGGAUCCUCACCUUUUGGAUUCGAAUCUUCAUCUUCUGCUUCUAUCAAUUCCAAUUCAUGAAGCCCGUGUUCUUCUUAGCCAUGGACAAGGAUUUGCGAAAAGGCCUGAAGACUCUGAUUUUGGGCGACAAGCAUCAGAAGUUUGCCAAAAGCAAAAAGAUGAUCAUCAUUUAAGCCCACCAAAAAACUUGUCGCUAUGGAAUUUCAAAUUGAUUCCACACCUGGAGAGCACCUUCAGCAGAUCGUUAUAUUUCUCAUAGAUCUAGGUUUGAAGAAUAAACGUUUAAUGUCGUGGGAAAAAUGAGGCGAGCCGUCAAAUAGUAUUUGCCAAGUACGAAGUUCUCCUUGGUCCACUUCCUUGUUAUACAUUUCUUUCUGACCUAUUAACUCAGUAUGAAUAUUUAAUAUCUUGAUCCACGUCAGUAACCGCUGCCAAUCGUUGUCUUUGUCCCGACUUUCUCGACGGAUCUCGUGUUUAUUUGAACAGCCCUUGGUAAAACAAAUUGGCCUCAAACAUUUCAAAGUUUCC